AUUUUGUCUUCUGCGGAGUCCGAACUACACCCCGGGUGCGGACUACAGCUCGGACAAUACGCCUCCGUACGACCCAGAGCAGGCGGCGAGGGCAAGGCCCGGAGGACUAGUCGAGCGAGCGCUUGACGUCCCGGCAGCAGCCAUGUUGGAGCUCUCGGACGCCCAGAAGCUGAUGCUGGUGGCGUCGUGCGCGGGCCUGGUGGCCGCCACCAUCCUGGUCACCGUCUGCGUGGUGACCCCGCACUGCUGGCUCUACCACUGCAUCUGGGGCAAGGACGACGAGAAGGAGCGGCGCAAGAAGCUGUACUACGGCACGGACGUGAUCCCGCUGCCCGUGUGCCCGGUGACCACCAAGCCCGUGUCGGCGAACGGCGACAAGCCAGUGGCCGGGGCCGAGGGCGGCAUCACGGCCUCGACCCCGGGGGGCAUCGUCCUGCUGCCGUUCGUGCGAAGCCGCGCACAAAGGGACUCCACCUACAGCAGCAUGUCGACCGCGAGCAGUCGCGGCGAGGCGUCCGUCCACAGCGACAACUCCGCCGAUGUUGUGACGAGUGUGGAAGGGGUAGGUGAGGAAGGAGACGUUGUACUGGGCCACGCCACCCUGUCGCUUCGGUACCAAGCCCAGACGUCGCCGGGCGGCAACCCUGCUACCACCGGAUACCCCGCAGGGAAGCUACUGGUGAACAUUCGGGAGGUGCAGAACCUUGCCCCGAGGGCCUAUGGCGGCAUCUGCGACCCCUACGUGGUGGUGAAGAUCCUCAAGGGCCGCAUCAAGAAGAAGCGGGGCAGUGGCAGCAGCCUGCGCCGCCCCAGCUGCAUCGGUGGCGGAGGGGGCGCUCACUGCCUGCUCCAGUACCAGACGCAGGUGAAGCGCAAGACGCAGUGUCCCCUCUUCAACGAGAACUUCUCCGCCGACCUGGCCAAGGGAGAGCUCAAGGACUGCUCUCUGCUCGUGGCCUUGUUCGAUCUCGACAAGUACUCCAACGACACCGAAGUGGGAGAAGCCCUUGUGGCACUUAAGGAGCUCCAACUCGUCGGCAAUCCCGAUGAGCAGAUCCUUCACCUCGACCUCAAGGAACCGAAGCAGCAUAAUGGGGAAAUCCUGUUUGGGCUGAGCUACCUACCAACAGCUGAACGUCUCACCUUCAGCAUCAUGAAGGCCAGCAACCUUGUGUCACCAUUGAACAACGUUGAAUCCUUCUUUCCCUGCGUACGGAUCCUGCUGUUCCACAACGGCAAGCUGAAGAAGAAAAAGAAGACGGCCCCGAGACAGGGCACGCUGUGCCCCGUGUACAACGAGUCGCUGACCUUCGACGUGCCCCAGACCGAGUUAGACCGGGUGGUCUUCCUUGUGGUGGUGAGCCACCGAGACCCCGGUCAGGGGGGUUCCCUCUCCUCCCCGGACUCUCCGACCACGCCCGUGGCAGGUUCUCCUCAGCAGCACGUCGGCAAGGUACUGGUCGGUGCAUCGAGCAGAGGAAGCGUACUGCACCACUGGAACGCCAUGAAGCAGAGCCCCAGGAAACAAGUGACCCAGUGGCACACACUACGAUGAAAAUGCUACUGUCUGCGUAGUCGAGCGAAGAGACUUGGGGCGGGAUCUCUAUGGUGUGGUUCCUGCGAUGACGAGUUUGUGGAAGAUGCUUUAAGCCAGCUGUGAAAGUCGGCCAAAUCAUCGUGAAAGAGGUGUCGAAAGAACUGCUGAGGCUGUCAAAGUUUGCUGACUCGUCGUGGGAGAGGAUAAAAAUGACCUCGGAGUGCAAGGAACUGCGCACACUUGCAAGGCAGAGUUGUCUGUGUCUGAGACAUCGUGGGGGAAAGAAGUGGUUCUUGUGUGGCGAAAGUUAGGAGAUGACCGUGGGAGCACACUCCACAAGACAGUGAUUGUCUACAUUCACAUCAUCAAGACCCGACCAGGAAGCCCUUGAUAUGUGUUGAAAAGUGCUGAAUUGCAGACCCCGCGACCUGGGGGGGUAAAGUUUCUAGAUAAGAGCUUCCUACAGCUAGCGACAUACUUUGAAGCGCCGACUGCGUGACGGGACAGGUUUUAGGAAGCGAAUGCUGGCUCAUAGCUGAAGACUAAGCUGAUUGACGCCAUUUUGUUCCAGCGGUACGUUCUUCGUCAUUCGUAUUGGUUGUUACUUGUAAAAAGUAAUAUCCAGGGGCUUUAGUUGGGAGUGGUUAUGCAGCAUACUGUGUUAUCAGGGGGAAGAGGGGAAAUAUUUUAAGCAGAGGGAUGAUUUCUGAGUAGGUGACGGUUCGAAUUUCAGCAUCUUACACUACGCCCAUCUUGGAAUCUUUAUUAGGUGUCGGUGCGUUGAAUUCUAAUCGAAUUGUACUUUGUCAUUCCUAGUUUUCCCAGUGCAGGGAGUAAAUAUAGCAUAGCUAACCUUAGCAAAGUGUAGGUUAUGAAUGAUUCAGCGCUCUUCAGUUUGAGCUAGUCUUCGCACAUCACCGUCAUGUGCGGAGCGUUACAAACCACAAACAAGAUAUGCAAAAAAAAAAUCGUUUACGAUUGAAAACGCUGAUUUGAAGCUAUAUUCAGUUUCACCAUACAUUCCAGCGUAAUACAGGUACACACAAACAUAAUAAAUGCGCAUGGUCAUUGUGCAUUUACUGCGGUUGACUCGUUUUAACCGACGACAGUCCACACGCAGAAACAUGACGAAUUUCGUGACGCUCUUCUGUUGUCGCUGAUUGAUUGAACCCAUUAUCUCGUAUAGCGUUGGUUGCGCUCAAACUCAACCUGACAAAUAGCGUGGGGAACUUGCGCACCGGGGAACCGUUCGAGGUGGUGAAGUUUGGUGCUCAUCAAUACCCUGUUUCAGCAAAAUGCCGAAGGCACCGACGCCGCGUCUUCGUUAGGUGUGUCGCACUGUGUACGUACAUACCAGGCGAACCCCAACAGUCAAGGAAUGCUGGCGCAGACGGCUGCUAUAUGUUAGAAACGAAGAAAGAUCUGGAAGAGUUGAUGAUCGCGUACCUGAUCGCACGGGGAUAGUGCCGUAUCUUAGAUGAAGACAUCCUGGUUUUAGGUGUUCUUGACACGAGACUAGCGAUUCCGUCGAGUAGUGAGGAGAAAACACCCGAUUAUUGGGUAAACCAGCGAACAUAUCUAAUAUCCCAGUCACAGGACAAAGUGAAUGUCAUUUCCAUCAAAUUGAAUUAUUUAAUAUCCUAAUUAGCGCGCGACGCUUAUAGUUAGAAUGGCUAGCUGAUCCGCCUAUUAUAUAUAAUCUCAUUCGAUGGAAAUGACAUUGACUUUCCCGUGCGGUAGAGAUAUUACGCACACAGUUUUGUUUCUGAGUAUUGCCUUGACUUCCCAAGCUGAGACUAGAAAGUGCCUCCGAUAUAUUCCUUGUUGCGAGAAGGACAUCGUCACCACUGACUGCAAGCAGGGUUCGCUCCCCGUGCGGAAGAACACGUGUUUUCCGACCGGUAUACAUUUUGCCGGUUACUCUCCCAGCAUUGCACUGUAGGGAAAGAAUCGGUUGCAUAAAGGUGACACAAAACCAGCGCUGUCUAUACCAUCAGUGUGAGUAUGCGUCUCAAGAGCGUAUUUUAGUAGGGUGUUAUACAAUGAAGAAAGAUUGGAGAAAACUGUCUGGUCAUGUAAAGUGUUAUUUCAAUCCUUCAGAAGGUCAAGUUGAAAAAUGCUUGGGGCGAUAAUUUAUUUUUGAAAUGGCAUCUUGGACAUAGUGUAAAUAUUGAGGGAGCCUUCGAGAAGUCAGUGCCUCAAGCGCUAAAGUGAGUGAAAUUAGCACAGCGCGGACAAACAAAUCUGGAUAUUAUAGAACAGUGAGCUGCUUUUAUUUUUAGCACAAAACAGAAUAGGUACAAUUCUUUGUAUUCAUGAUAGAAAGCACUCAGUAUAAACGAGGUAUAUAUGCGACUGCCUAUUUCAGAUUGUUUUUAAUGUCUUCAUGUAGUAAUUAAUAUAGGUCUACUUGAGUCAGAUUCUAGAUCUACAAAAAGUUUGUUAAUAAUUCCAUUCCAGUCUUUAAGCGAUCAGAAAACAUUCGUCGGUGAUGGACCGCUCUUUCAUAGUACUUAUACUUCAUCCAUUGAAGUCUACGAUGUCCCUCUUUAUACAUCCAUACAGGCCACGCCCUAACUCAUACUUAUUGUUGUUGUUCUACAGUGUAGUAGUGUCAGUGUUGUACUCCUGUAGUGUAACGAAUCGGUUGUUUGCUUAUUGUGCCCUCCCUGUGACCGAUCACUUUAUUAUCUCUCUAGGUGUAGUAUAAUGUCUGACAAUGUUCUUAGUCUCUUUUUU